AUGAGUAACCCAAACAGUACGUUCAAUCAACUUGAAACUGAAUUGGCCAUGAGCGUGGGUGAGGUUACUGACAUUCUAUACCAUGAAUCACCUCCAAACUUUGUUACUCAACGCAAUAAGAUUGACAGUGAAUUACGUAACGAUUUCAAGUGUUUUAAAGAAACUAUUCUGACCACAUUGGAAAGUUGGUUUGCCAAGCAGGACGUGAAACAUGACAGGCUUCUAAAGGAAUUCGAAGAAAUAGGAAGGUCGCUAAGCUUUAUGUGUGAGAAGUAUGAAGAUUUGAAGAAAAGUACAGAGGAUAUGAGCAAACGACUCGAAGUGCUUGAAAAGAACUCGGCUAAAGAUUCACAAUCCCAACGGAUAACAGAAUUAGAAUUAAAAAUGGACAUAAUGGAUCAGCAGGCGCGCCAAUGUAAUGUUGAAAUAAGUAAUCUACCGGAAAAACGUGGUGAGGAUCUCUCCGCUUUAAUGCAAGAAAUAGGAGUACUGGUUAAACAGCCUAUUACUCAACAAGAUAUCAUUUCUGUCCAUCGCGUGCCCCAUGUUAAUACAGUCAGUAAACAACCUAAGAAUAUUAUAAUGAAGUUGGCGAGCAGAGUUCUUCGUGAUAAAUUACUGGCAUCAGUGAGACUGGCAAAGGGUGUAACUACCGGUCAACUUAACAUGCCAGGGACAUCGCAAAAUGUAUACGUCAAUGAGCACCUCACUUUAAAAACGAAAAAAUUAUUUCGAGAGACCAGAAUUGCCGCUAAGGAUUGUGAAUUUAAAUUUACAUGGAUUAAAAACGGAAACAUACUCGUCCGUCGAAAUAAAACGUCACCUAUCUUUUCUGUCCGUUGUCCUGAGGAUCUACAGAAAAUCAAAAAGCUGUAA